UCUGAGUAUUGGCUCAUUUUCGUACAACCCCUGCAAGAAUCGAAUGCAGAUAUGAUUUUUUGGGGGAUUACUAAGGCGAUGAGUGCAUUCUAGUGGUGUUCAAGCUCUUUCCCUUCGACAACCCUAUCUGGGUUUCAGUUUUUUUCCUAUUCGUUUCGGAGUGUGUAGUUUGAUAACAUCGUCAUCAGAAAUCAAGCUUCGGAUAUGGCUACGCUCGUGCGGCUCUUCUCUGCGGUGGCAAACAAGGCCAGACUGCCAGCUUCGGCUUCUGUUUGCUCGGAUUUGAGUAUUUCCAAGUCUCUCGCUCCCGCCAGAGCUUCAGUGGUUUCAUCUUCAUCCCCAGUUACUUGUGGCGGGAUUUCGUGCCACUUUAGAGGAGGUGUAUUGCGAGGUUCGUCUAGCAGUCGCUUCUUUGGACAGUCCGGACGAGUAUUUGGUUUGGGCAAUGGUGUGGCGUUGCAACAGACAAGAUUGGCAGGAGAGGAAGGAGCACGAUCCAUGUUCACAGGUUUGGUUGAAGAGAUGGGCAAUGUGAAGGAAGUGCGAGUGCUGGACGACGGAGGAUUUACUAUGACGAUAGAAGCUAGCGUUGUUUUAGAAAACGUCAGGCUUGGUGAUAGCAUUGCAGUGAAUGGGACGUGUUUGACUGUCACUCAGUUCGAUUCAUCCUCUUUCAGUGUAGGAUUAGCCCCCGAGACGCUAAGAAAGACGUCGCUCGGAGAAUGCUCGACAGGAUCUCCUGUGAACCUUGAAAGAUCUCUUCUGCCAAGCACGCGCUUGGGUGGCCACUUUGUUCAAGGCCAUGUUGACGGAACCGGUACCAUAGUCUCUUUCAAGCCUGAGAAGGAUUCUUUGUGGGUGACGGUAAAAACUACUCCAGAGAUCCUUAAAUUCAUCGUUCCGAAAGGUUACAUUGCAGUAGAUGGAACGAGUUUGACUGUAGUGGACGUGCUGAACGAUGAAUCAUCCUUCACCUUCAUGCUUGUGGCGUACACACAGCAAAAGAUUUCAAUCCCUCAGAAGAAGGUGGGCGCGAAGGUGAACCUGGAGGUGGAUAUUUUAGGGAAAUAUGUAGAACGGAUGUUGCAGGGAUACAAAACCGAGACGGCAGCUGUUUAAAAUUUUGAAUAAGAUGCAACGACUUCGAUAAUGUGAGUACUCAUCUGAAACGCUGCUGCAGACAGAGUACCGAGAUGGAUGUUGUUGUCCAAAUGCUAGAAUAUUAAUAAUUGGCCUCUUGUACUUUCUUUAGAAAAUUGCGGCAAGGUAGAAAUUAUCUCAUGCAAGUUCACAGAAUGGCAAACAUGCAUAUGGACGGUAACACAUGGUUGCUUGAUUACUUGAUAUUAUUCGCUGUAAAUACUUUGGCCUGCCCAUAAAACCAACAGUUAUCUCCA